AUGGCAGACUCAGACGAAGCAGCGGCCGAGCCGACGUACAUGCGAGCCACGAGAGCCUCUUCUUCGCGCCACGCCAUGCCCCGUCUGUCGGUCUCUCCACGCAGCGACAAGCCCAAAGAUGCCGGCAACCCGGAGACAGAGGCGCAUCUCGGUGGAAGAAAGGCCGUUCACAAGGCCUCCUCGGUUGCCGUCUUUUCCCCCAAGACAAUUGUUGCGUCCGGAGCAAGCACAGUGACGGACCUCGCCGGGCCAGAGGCGGCCGUGGAUGCGGACCCGAAGAAGCCCGCCCUCCGGGCUCGGCAGUACCUGCGGUUCCACGACGCGCACAAGGAUAGCGGCGAUGAGGACAGUGUCGGGAUACAGAAGAGUGUCGAGAAUAUGGACGCUGGGAUGAGGAAGCUGAGGAGGCUUGCGGAGAUGGACGGGGGCGGGGCGGAGGAUGCGACGGAAGAGAGGUGGCCGGCGAGUUGGGACUUGCCUCGGCACAGUCAUCUGAAGACGGCGAUCAAGCGGAAUUUCCCCCGGUGGAUUCGCGGUGUUUCGUUGGAAGAGGAAGGAGUGCCAGAGACGGCGCCAGAGAUGAGGGUGGAAGAGGAGGCGGAAGAAGAGCCGGCGUCAGAGGCGGGCCCAGUCGAGGAGGCGGAGACGGAGGUUGAGGCGGAGGCGCAAGACCCGUGGUGGCCAGAUGUCGAGAAUCUGAACCUCCACGACGAGCCUGCUCCGGAACGAGAUGUCGAGCUUGUGAACGAGGACAUGGGCCCAGCGGCGACAAACACUCGCGUCGUGGGACCUGCGGCGGAUGUUUUUGACGCGACUGCGACGGCCGACAUGGCCCACGUCGCGUCGGAGACGACCUCCUUCGGCUAUCCGGUGACGGGCGACUUGGAAUGGUGGAACUGGUAUCGCGAGCGACACGCCAGGUGUCGUGCGGAGGAGAAGACGAGCCAUUUGCCGUACGAUGCGGGAGCGUCCUCAUGA